GAGCACAGAAUCUCUGAGCUCCGCAUCGCUCCUCUCGUGCUCCGCUGAUGGACUCAUGAUGAUGAUGAUGAUGAUGAAGGUGCGGGGAUGAAGAGGAUGUUCAGCCGCUCCAGAAUCAGUUCAUCAGCCGCUGCUUCUGUCGGAUGUACCGGAUCGAUGUGUUUGAUUGGAUAUGAAUGAUGAAUGUGUUCAGAGAUUUGAGCUGAUUGAAUCAAACUCGCUUCUUCAUCAUGGAUCCGAAUCUUCUCACUCUCUUCAAACUUUCUCUCAUCCUCGCAGUGAACACGCUGAUGACGAGAGGUUUAUCAGACGCAGACGGCGUUGAUCUGUUGUUCACCCAGCGGCCGUGGCUCCUGCAGUGCAAUCAGACGCUCCUGCUGCUGGAGAUGGAGAGAUGCGGAGAACAAUUCAGCAUCGACAUGAAUCGUGUUCAUCCUGACGACAGAUGCAACCUCACGCACUUCAUCAGAGAGUAUCACGUCUUCUCCUUCUGCACGGAGAUGAACGCCGAGCGCAUCGGCUGCUUCUGGCCGAACCCAGCGGUGGAGCGCUUCAUCAUCAGCAUCCACAAGCACUUCUUCUCCAACUGCAGCCUGGAGCACGUGGUGUUCGUCGACCCGCCGGACGACACGCUCACCCUCCUCAUCCUCGUCCCCGUCUUCCUCACGCUGGCCAUGGUGGUGCUGGUGGUGUGGUGCAGCAAGCGGAGCGACAUCCUCGCCUAG